CUAAUAUUAGGUCUAUGCAUAUUACGGACUGUGUUAUCCGUAAUCUGUGGGUUUAGUAGUCGAAUCGAAUAGGUAAAGAGUUAAAGACAAAAUCUACAACUGAAUCAACAAAGAAUAUUUUAUUAUUAAAUAUGGCCGGAGAAGUAAUUGUUGAUGCUUUACCUUACAUUGACGAAGGAUAUAAUGAAGCCGGAGUCCGUGACGCAGCUCUUGCUAUGGUAGAAGAAGAAUGCAGACGUUAUAGACCCACAAAAAAUUACUUGGAACACCUACCGCCAUUGAAUAUAUCUUCUUUUGAAACCCAAAUGAUACAUAAUGAAUUUGAAAGAUUACAAAACAGGAGUCCUAUGGAACAUUUCUCAAUGAAACGUUAUGAAUUACCUCCACCACCAAGUGGUAAGGCAAAUGAAAUAAGCGCAUGGCAAGAAUGUGUUGAUAACUCAGAAGCUCAACUAAAACAUCAGGGAGUAAGAAUAUCAAAUUUGAAUUUGAUGAUAGAAUACUUUUGCCCAACAUGGCAAAGAUAUUUACAAACGGUUACAGAUACAGAAAAGAUAGCCACUUCUAAAGUAGUUGCUCUGCGACAAUCAUUACAAGAAUUGAACUGGGAAAGAAAAUCCAGUCAAACAAAAGUUGGUGAACAAUUAAAAGAACUAGAAGCCAAAUGGGUUCAACUAGUAUCUAAAAAUUAUAGUAUUGAGCAAGCUUGCUGUAUGGCAGAAGAGUUUAUAAAUAAAAUCAAAGAUAACCCUGAAUUAAUGAUUUCUGAAGGAAAUGAUAUGGAAAAUAUGUUGAAACCCAUGUCAUAAAAGAAGACAAUUAUAAUACAUAUACAGGGUGGGUCAAUUGUGCGGGAUCGGACGAUAACUUGUAACUGUGUGAAUGGUUGAUAAAUCAUGUGACCACCGUGCAAGAGGAACGUGCCUUUUUUGCCGAACGAUGCAUGGUUCUGAGAGACAACCUAUGCUUGUACCUAUUUCUUAUUUUUUGGUUCAAAGCUAAAUAUGAUCUACCAGACUUCAAGAGAAAUAUAAUUUGAUCAAAAAGGCAUCAAUUGUAAUAAUUGGAAUGUCCAGUUUAGUCUCCUCAAUAAAGAUAUAUUUAUUUCUUAUUGAGAAGCCUCCAAUUUUCAUUUAAAAUUUGAUAUGUAUUGUCCUCAAUAUAAAAUAAAACUAAUUUGAGUUCAA